UGUCACAUUGACAAAUAAAAAAUCACACGUGAGUUUGUUUACAAUCAAGAGUGGGAAAAAAUUUAAUUUAGUGCUAUAAUUGUACUGAAACAAUGGCAGAUAUCAUUGAAAACGAAGAACUAGACAAAGACACUGUUGACUCUAAUACUUUGAAACAGUUAUUCAAUAAAAAUUAUGAUUUAUUAGCAGAAACAACUGUGUCUGAGAAAAAAUCUUAUGUUAAUAAAAUACACGGGACCAAGUCCCUAAAACUAGCAGUGAGUGUGUCAAACAACAAUGGGAUAGAAGUGUAUGAACUGGGCAAUAACACCCUCAAACAGGUGUGUCGGCUUAGCGGGCACCAGAAACCUGUGACCGAUGUUCUAUUCAGUUCCCGGGAGGACCACAUGCUGUACUCAUCUGGUUUGGAUGGAUUAGUAAAGCUUUGGGACUUGAGAGCCAGUGGGAGCUGUGUCCAGGAAUAUAAAGAUGAAGAAGAACAAAUAAUUCGGCCCUAUGAAUGCAUGGACGUGUCUUGCAAUGGGCGCGUGAUAUGUGCAGGCAGUCAACUGGUGGAGGAUGAUGCAUACCUUGUAUUCUGGGACUCCCGAAUGCCAAAACCACUAGGGGGAUAUUGGAACUCUCAUACAGACGAUAUUACACAAGUCAAAUUCCACAAAGAGAAGACAGAAAUCCUAGCAUCAGGAUCAAUAGAUGGACUUUUGAAUAUAUUUAAUAUCUUGGAACAGACAGAAGAUGAUGCUCUGAUAUAUUCCUUAAAUGUAGAAAAUUCAGUAGAGAAAAUAUCCUGGUUGGACAGCAAAAGAGCUGCCUGCACCACACAGUCCAAUGACCUGCAGCUGUGGGACACAGAGACUGGAGAUCAACUCAAGAGUUACAGUAGGGAUAAAAUUUCUAGAAGUAUAAAGAGGAGUAAAGAUGAUGAUUGUUAUUUAGUGGAUAUUUUCACAUCAAUUGAUGACACACCUGUACUAUUGGCUGGCUCAAAUGCUGGAGAUGGGGAUGUACUAAGGUCAAUUACGAUAGCAGAAAAGAAAUUGCAGCCAUGUACAAACUUUACACAAAACAAACAAAUUGUGAGGUGCUGUUGGUACGAAAAAGACGUAAGUAUGAAUCACCUGACGUUUGAUUUACAAUAAUAUCAUCAAGAAUAU